AUGGAACAAGGACAGGUAUCACCUGUCGUGGAUGGAUGCUCUUGUGGACACGCCACUCGUUUCCGGCUCCUCGCUGGCCCGGACAUGAAGCUGAUGGAGAUGGGGCUCUGUUGUGCUCAGGGGCCGGACAGUGCCCUUUCAGCCUCCAAGUACUCCUACAUUGGGGGCUUUGACUGCACCAGUAACAUCCUGGAAGGAAAGCUCUAUGGCAUCCUGGUGCACGGCACUAUCGCCCACACCUUCAUCAUGUCCUUCACCUCACUGGAGGAAGUGCAACCCUGGGAGCUGUUGCCGCUAGCAGGAGGAGAGCCAGUGGAUCUCCCAGUGCUCACCGAGUCAUGGCUGGAGCAGGUGUGCAAGCUGCUUCAGACACCCCCUCAGAAGGCGAACCGGAGAGAGCUGGCCGCCUUUGUGUCCUACGCCAUCAUCUUCCCACAGGACUUCCAGGGGCUGCUGGACACAUACUGCGUCAGGCGGAGCGGCUUGCCGAAUUUCUGUGCCGUGGCACUGGCCCUACACCAGCUGGGGUACCGGGCCAUCGGGGUGCGCCUGGACAGCGGGGACCUGGCCCAGCAGUCCAAGGAGAUCCGCCGAGCGCUCCGAACCUGCGGUGCUCACUUCCAGGUGGCCUGGUUUGGGACCAUCCCCAUAGCCAUCAGCAACGACAUCAGCGAGCAGAGCCUGGAGGAGUUCAGCCAGGAGGGUGCCAAGAUUGAUACCAUUGGCAUCAGGAUGAACCUGGUGACGUGUCCCCUGCAGCUGUUGCUGGGCUGCAUUUACAAG